AUGACCUCCUUCACUCUUAUUAGUGUAUCAGGAGGUGUCGUUUGGCUGAAGACGGUGGUGUUAAUGGUGGCGGCUGCAGCGAUGUUAGCCUGCGUGAUGUGUAGAAGUCCGGUGCGCCACCUUGUCGGAGGGAAGGAAAUGUGGAAACCGAAUUAUAAUUACACUGAUUGGUCUCGUGAGGAGACGUUCUACGUCGGCGACUGGCUCUAUUUUGUAUACGACAAGCACAUGUUCAACGUGUUGGAGGUGAACGAAACCAGCUACAAAAACUGCACAGAUCAAGGAUUCAUCUUCAACAUCACGAGAGGGGCUGGACGUGAUGUGUUUGAGCUCACUCAACCAAAGCCAUAUUACUUUCUUGCAAGUGGAGGUUAUUGUUACAAUGGCAUGAAAGUCGCUGUGAAUGUGGUUGAAUUCAUUCCACCUCCGGCUCCUCAGCCUUCUCCGGCCAAAAGUGGUGGCACCACAAUCACCGGAAUCAGUUAUCCUCUUAUCUCAUCAAUCCUGAUUACCACAUGGGCUGUUUUCGUCAUGAAUCAAUGAAGAUUAUUCAAACAGGUACAAUUACACAUUUAUCAUAUAUAGCUAUAUAAAUUUGGAAAUUAUAUAUAUAUUAUAUAUAUAGAUAUAAUAUUAGAUCAUUGGAUUGGAUUACUAAAGUGUUUUAGAUUUUGGUAAGUGAUUAUCGUACUUAAUACUUUGUUCUUUUUUAUAUAUUUUUUAAUAGUACUAAAAACACAAUGUGCACA